AUGUCCGUUCAAAGCAACUCAAUUCAAAAAAUAGAAUACUUGCCUUUAGACCAAAUAAUAAGACCGAUUCCUCCGGUACUCGACUACUCGAAGAUCGAUACAAUGGUUUCAACAUUAAAUGGACAGCCAAUGGCGUCUCCCACCUGCAAUAUUGAAGAUAUAACUCCAGGUGAACUGCCUCCCAUCGAUGUCCUUACCGUUUCUGAAAACGGGAAAAGAAAAUAUUUUGCAUUUGGAGGAUGUCAUAGGUUUCAGGCUUACGAGAAGAGCGGUAAACAAAUGGUGAAAUGCAAGAUUCUCCCUUGCACGAAAAACCAACUUAGACUUUAUUUGGGUUCCUCCGUCGACAGCUAUUUCGAAGAAUGAUGGCGAUAGUUAUAGAUUAGAUGAUAUGUCAAUUUAUGUAUUUAAUGAAUGUCAUGUUGCAAGUUAGCUUUCGCUUGUGCUUUUAGGCUCUUUCUUGCGUUCUUCUCCUUUAUCUUCUCUAUAGUCUCGUUGAUGGUCUUUCUCCUUCUGCGAGGCUUUAGGGUCUGGAGGUCACUAUAGCCACACGAUUGCAAAAUCCCAUACCUAAUCUCAUUUAUUCCUGUGCGUUGCUUUAAAUCAUUUUCAAUCGAGUUUGCAAAGUACAUGCGCGGUUUGAUUUUAAGGUCAUUGAGUAUACUUCUGGAAAUUAGUUCUUCGUAGUGUUGAAUUCGGGACUCAUUCUUGAUCUUAUCGAUUUUGUUGAAUAUAAUGUCAAAUUGGACUCCCAUUUCAACCAAUGCUUCUAAUAUCAACUCGUCAUAUUUGUUCAGCCCCAGGUCACCGUUUAAAAUCAAGAAGCAGUUUUUUAGUUCUCUUCUUUCAGCAAGAUAUCGCAUUGUGAGCUCUCCUUGCCAUGGUUUGCCCUUCACCCCAUAGCCUGGGGAAUCCACAAGUCUAAAUAAACCUCCCACGUUGUAAAAAUUCAAGCAUGGCGUGUAACCUGCACUUUGUUUGACUUUGGCGUAUGUAGUUGCAGAUUGUUUAUUGUUGCUCAUAAGAGCAUUCACCAAAGAUGAUUUUCCAACAUUACAUCUUCCCAAAAGUAUGACCUCAGGGAGGAGCUGGCCCUUGUUUUCGUGAGAUGUUCCCGGCUGGUCGAGACCUGCUUCAGCAGCUGCCCUUCUAUCUUCGCCUGGCAACUUAUUUAGGUCAUAGAUGCUCCAAUCAAGCCUGAUUUCUGACUCGUUUAUGAUUCUGGACACAUUACCUCGAUCCAUGCUUGUUAACACCGAGACUGGAAGGUCACUUUUAUUCGCAAAAUAGUUAUUCAAAUAUGGUCCGUCUAUAGGUGACGUCGGUUUGCUGGUUUUUGAUUUCCGGUGUAUUUCUGAAAUUGCUGAACUUGUUUCCCGUAAAUGAUCGCUAGAGUUGUCAAGCCAUGAUCGAAUUUUAUUUGGAUCCAGGCCUCUGCUAACAUUUGAGCUUGUCACAGAUCUCGCUGCAUGUCGAAAGAGAUAUAACUCUUUCAUGUAUCAGGAUCAGAUACUGUAUAUCUUUUUAAUAGACUUUGACUAUUUUGAAAAAUAGCUGAAUCACUUAGAAAAAUCGAAUUCCCCAAGAUAUUUUUGACUGGUUACGUAAUGAUCAAUUGUGUACUUAUAGCGAGUAGCCAUACUUAGAUCGGCAUAAAACAGAGUUUGAGAUGCUUCACCUGUGCUGCAUGCUCUCUUUCUCAACCACCAGGAUCAAGGAAGUAUGGAGAAUUUUACAAUCUCCCAUAAAUGGGUUUGAGCGUAGUGCAGUGCGACCGUGAAUUGUAAAAACAGGAGACAAUUGUUUUGUCUCUCAUUCAAGUUUGACCCCUGUUACAGACUACUACACUUUUGCCACAUAUGAAUCCAACACCAGGGGUCGUGAAUAGCUGAGCUAUUGCCUGAUUGGGUGCAGUAGAUUGAGAUUACCCUGAUUGUCUGACAAUUGAAUUUUUCCGAUAAGUGAUCUUAUCCGUCUCC